AUGCCUCAUUCAACUCAAGCCAUCCAAUCAAUUGCACAAAUCAUUAAGGAUUUUACAAGUUGGCAAAGACAAUAUGAAAUACAUAAUGAACAAGCAAAUAAUGGUGCUUUUGUCUUAGGCAUUGCUGGCUGUUCAAAUAGCGGUAAAACAACAUUUUCGAAAAUAUUGUCCACUGCGCUGAUUAACGAAGGUAUGCGAACAGCAGUGAUUUCUCAGGAUGAAUUUUAUUAUCCAAAAGAACAACUUGAACGUGUUGUAAGCCGCGGAAAUCCAAAAAUCAUAUUUUAUAACUAUGAUACAGUAAAAGCGUUAAACACGGAUAAAUUCCUGUUGAGUUUGCAAAAAGCAAUUAUUACGAACGAUUUUGUAAUUGUUGAAGGAAGUAUGAUUAUGGAAAUCGACAGUUUGCGCCAACUGUUGCACCGGUGCAUUUUUAUUACGCUAAGUCAUACUUUGUGCGAACAAAGGCGUGCAGAUCGUCAACAUGACUUUGCGGACUUGCCUGGUGAUUAUUCUGAUGAUUACGAUAAUGGUUAUCCAUAUUGGAAAAAAAGAUACAUGAAAGAAAUUGUUUGGCCUGCAUACAGAAAUUAUUUAGCUAAUGCCUACAAUCUUGCUCGUCAUUCACCAGCUGUUGUUUUUGUUGAUGGAAAUACUGAAAGAUUUUCUAGUGAACCGGAAGUGAAAGCUUUAUUUUCAAAACUGUCCAAAAAUUUAUUAUUAAUUCAAGCUGAUGAACUUCAAUUAUCUUAUGUUCUUAAAUUUGUUAACAAACCAAAAAGUGGCGGAAUAUCGGUAUUUUUGGGAACAACAAGGGAUAGUUUUGGUGAUAAACAGGUUAUCCGAUUAGAAUUUGAAGCAUACGAUGAAAUGGUAUAUAAAGAGUUAGACAAAUUAUGCAAUGAGUUACGAAAAAGCUACCCUGAAGUUGACAGGAUCGCAUUGAUUCAUAAAGUAGGAAAAGUAUUUGUUGGAGAAACAUCAGUAAUAAUGGCAGUGAGUGCACCUCACAGACGAGAUGCAUUUCGAGCCACCGAGAAAGGAAUCGAUUAUUUGAAAGAUCGAGUUCCUAUUUGGAAAAAGAUAUUGUUGGAUCUUUAG